GAUGAGGUACUCAGAAGCACCACCAUAUUAAAGUCAUAUUGUGUUUGUCGCCUUCACUUUCCAUGAUCCCAACAGAGAAGGAAGUUCAAUGACGACGCCAAAAUCAUAAUUCCUUUCUUACAAGUGGCAGUGGUGGCAAAUCGCAUCAGACCACACCACCACACGCUAGCUCUUGCUGCGUCGUCCACUCCAGCAACGCGCAGAACCACGGCGCCAUCCGCGUGUCCUAGCGAAGGACCGCCUUUUUAGGGAUGCAGAUUUAAGGAUGUAAAUGACGUUGGGACUCACUAGUCCCACAUAUGCCAUCUACCAAGAAAAAUAAAAUAAAUGGCUUUUGUGGACGUCCAGAAAAAUUAACUGGCAUAUAUGGGUAGCCUAAAAAAGCACAUCUAGCCAGUGGCAGUCCACAACUUUCACCUCAACCGUAGCACGCCACCACAACUUCGCCAUGGCCUAGUUCGCAGCCAUCUCCACCGCACCCUGCCACGCCGCACACCGCGAGCACCUGCUUUUCUGCCAAGCCGGCGUCGGGGGCCAAGGUGACAGAUCCUAAAGCCUGCUCCGCCGCCUCCGACUUGGUUCGGCCGUCUCCUGCACCGCGGCGCUGGAUUCGCUCGCCGAAUCCUUCGGCUCCAUGUCGCCGUUGUCUCCAUGGUCACCACGAUGCUCAAUCCCGGCGACCUCCUCCCGGCCUCCUGCGACAAGGCCGUGUCUGUGUUGGCCGCCUUCGCGUCCUCCGAAGGCGAGCAGGCACCCAUCUCCACGAGGAAGGCGAGCGCGCACCGCCCCCGCGUUCCUCAUUCAAGGUCGCUGGCCCUGACACCGUCGCAGCGGCCUCUUCCUCUCCAGCAUCUCGUCGUCGGCCGCAUCCGGGAUGGCCUCGACCUCCUGCUGCUAGCUGCUGGUGCACGUCCUUCUCCAUACUUCUAUCUCCUGCAGUCCUGCUGCACCCUACAGCUGCCCCAUCUCCAAUGUGUGAAGUUCUACUUGUGACGGUACACAACUGCUGGCUGUAGCUUGAACUAGAGCAGAAAAAUUGUGACGGUACACAACUGCUGGCUGCAGCAGAUGGAUGGCUGCCGCCCACAAACCUGUAGAUUAUGGGUUCACGGCCACCGGCGCAGAACUUGUGGAUCAUUGCAUACCCAGCUGUACGUUGUCUGUCCAUGGCAUGGCUUCCGCAGCCCUCUGUGACCAGUGGCCAUGACAUCGCAGCUGCCCCUCCAACUGCCAUGGGCCACAAGCUCGACCGGCUUCUGCCAGAUCUUGUCAGACUCGGCCAGCCACAGGCCCCGACCCUCACCAGCAGAUGACCCCGAGGAUGGGCUUCAGGAUCCAGUUGGCCAGAGGCCCGACGCCAUGACACAAAGCGUCCACCCCUCGUCACUUCGCGGAAAGAAUAUGGAUUUGCAAUAACCCACUCAUUUGGGCAAACUCAGUAUUGGUUCCAGAAGCAAUUGGUAAACUCUUGAACACAGUAUUUGACCGGAAUAGUCGUCCACCGUAGGAUAGAAGCUUGCUUUUUCCAACAACUGAAUUUUUUGGCUAAUCGAUCCUAAACUCACCUCCAUUUCCCUAUUCAAGAGCUUGUGGUUAUGAAAUGGUAUGCCACGAUAUCAGAAGGACCCUGCUUCACAACCAAACAAUUUUGCUCUGGGGCACUAACGGUCAAUGUCCCACCGUGAAUGAACUGAGCAAUUCAUCCGCACCCCUCAGGUGCGGAAUCCUUCAUGCGGAAAGGUCUGUUCAAGAAACGGCCAUUUGACUUUAUGAUACGCCUUCCCAACCCACCUUCAAGAACACCCCUUUCUGAUGAAGCUUGUGAGUUGUUUCAUGCAAGGCCACCACCCCUCUUGGAUGUGUCAGCCUGGCAUGAUGAUCGUGUGGGUUGGUCAGAUUUCAUCAUGGAACAUUCCAAUGAAGCCAUAACUGUCCUUUUUGGUGAUUAUUUUAAACUGACAUUUAAGAAGAAAAUAGGGUCGCUACAUGGUCGCUACUCACUCCUGCGGAGAACAUGGAGUUUUUGGCUACUGGAUCUACCCGGUGGAAGAUGGUAGCACAGGAUAUCUACAACCGGUUUGGAUGGCGGUCCAAUAGUAGAAUAGAUGGAUAGAUUUGUAGUCCUAUUGUACGCCGGUUCUGGCUGUUUAUCUGUUCCGGAACUUCUUUGUAAGCUUGUUUUGAACUGCAGAUUUUUUUGUUUGAACUUUUAAUAAAGAGGGCGUAUGCAUCGCUCUGAUGCAGAGGCCAGAGGCGAGCCUCCUUUUCUAAAAAAAAAGAAAGAAAAUGGGGUGACGCUACUGAAUUUGUAUUUCAUCUUGUUUCGUUGGCAAGAGGGUAAUGAUCCAACUGAAAAAGAGACAGUGUCCCAUUUCGGAAA